AUGACCACUGGUACCGGUACAACUGUUGGUGGAGGUAGUUCCCACCAUGAAGAAGGUAGGUCUAUAUAUAGCAACAAUACUGCUCCUUAUAAUGCACAGGACUGUAAUUCUGAAGGGUCUAUAGGAAGGAUUUACACUACUGCUGAUAAUGAGAAGUAUAUAUACAUUGGGAGACAGAGAUUCCUGAUCUCUGAUCUAUAUGAUGCCUUCGGUGGUACUUUGAAUCCAGGUUUGGCCCCACCAUCGUCUCACAAAUUUGGUAAUCCAGCACCAUUGGGAUUGUCAGCAUUUGCCUUAACCACAUUUAUUCUCUCUAUGUUUAACGCUAGAGCACAAGGUGUUGUUAUACCUAAUGUAGUAGUCGGUCCUGCUGCUUUUUACGGUGGUCUUGUUCAACUUGUGGCAGGUAUUUGGGAAAUAGCACUGGAAAACACAUUUGGUGGGCUUGCACUUUCGUCCUUUGGUGGUUUCUGGAUGAGCUUUGCAGCCAUUUAUAUUCCAUGGUUCGGUAUACUUGAGGCUUAUGAAGGCCAUGAAGAUCAAUUAAGAAGUGCACUAGGUUUUUAUCUCCUCGGUUGGUCUAUAUUUACCUUUGGUUUAACACUCUGUACCAUGAAAUCAACCGUUGCAUUCUUCGCUCUUUUUUUUCUGCUAGCGGUAACAUUCCUGUUACUCAGUAUUGGUAAUUUUGCCAAUAAUGAGGGAUGUACAAGAGCUGGUGGUGUAGUAGGUGUAGUAGUGGCAUUUAUAGCGUGGUAUGAUGCUUACGCAGGUGUAGCCACGAAGCAUAACACGUACUUCAUUGUCAAGAAGAUACCACUGCCAACUAACGAGAAGGUGUUUUUUUAG